CUGGAAGAAUUGAUGUUGUGAAGAAUGUAUUGAACCAUAUGACGGCCAACAUGGAGACAAGUAUGACAUUGACGACGCCAUUCGAGGAAUUAAAGCAGACAGCUUUAAGUGUAUCCCAUUAAAUGUCCCCAAAAGGUCUUCGAGAGGGUUUGAAAUUGGUAUACAAUAAUAAAGUUAUACUUGAUGCUGAUUUGGAGCAUAAUAUUCUGGGAGAACACAAAUCGGCUCUGGUCUUUGUACGUGCUCCACGGCCAAUGAAGUUCGAGAUCGAUGGCGAUUUCACUCUUGAAUGUGUUGAUUUUGAAAUGGUACUCGAUUGGAACCCGCUGAACAUAUCACAAAACAUCAACUUAAACGCCGGGUAUGACAUUCGUAGCAACAAGGUGGCUAAAUUUAAUAUCACCGGCUUUGGAAAAGUGUUGUCAUUAGAUACCAUAUACAGCGCACGGACAAGCAAAGCUAAUGUUGCAUGGGGAUUACGAUCUUCACAGAAGGUCGGUUAUGAAGUUUCAUUGAGAGAUAACACUAGAGACUUCAAACUUAUUUUACCGACUCGAAGUAUAGCUCUAUUGUCGAAACACUCGAAUGGUAAAAUUGAUGUUGACUUCAUGUGGAAUGCUGAUGUCAAUCCUACAGAGAAGGUUUUCAUGAGGUCAUCUGUGGUCCAAAACGGAAAUUAUAUCAAAACCGACAUGACAUUGGGAGUGCCACAGCUCAAAAAGCUUUUUAAGUUCGGAACGGAAUUCAUUGUAAAUCGAGGACGAACAAUAUUUGAUGGACGCACGGAAAUAUCAUAUUCUGCCGACUCAAAUAAAACAUUUGCCAUAUCUUGUAAAUUAGAGGACGUAUCAUCAGCUGGUGGCAAAAACUACAGUUUGAUUUUCGACCUAAGUCACCCACACACAACUGUCGGGAUUAAUUUAAAGUCUCACAUUGGGCGGUCGUCCACUGGCUAUUCUUCUGGCUUAACACUCAUAUACAUGACUGCCCGGAGACAGAUGCAACCUUUCUCUAUUGGAGGGGUUGUUGAUAAACGGAAGCAAUCCAUCAGUUUAGAGAUAAAAACGCCGGUGAAAUUGAUCAGCAUUUCUGGAAGCGCUCAGGCGGACGACAAAUUCCGAUUAUCACUUCUUAACGUGUAUGACAAUAAGGACCCCCUUGUCACAGUUUUUACAAUCGAUCGUGCCUCACGUUCUAUUGACUUCAUGAUCAACUACGACAUUGAUCGUCCUCAAAACGAGUUCCAUAUUCGUGCAAACUAUGUGAACAGCUCCGCCUUGCAAGCGGAAGUGUACCAUCUAGUCGAUACAAAUCAUAUUCAAGACGUUCUUGUAACCGUCCGGCUGAAUACCUCGCACCUCAUACACUCGAGAAUUCACUGGCGACCAGAGAUGAUCAAAGAUCUUGAGGCUUUCAGAUCCAAAAAAUCUGACGAGUAAAAUAACCGCAUUGAAAGAUUUGUUCAGAAAAUGAUGAUCAGCUUUACUGAAGAGCUUCUCAACAAAAAGCGCAUUAUUUGGGGUGCUGUAGGAGAAGAGAUUGGUCCAGAAAACGCAGCCAAAUUCGAAGCCGUUGUAAUGCCUUACUUUGACCAAGGCCGGAGUAUGAUAAUAACCUUAACUGAUCCCAUGGUUCAACGCGUCAAGACUGUAUUGACACAAUCAAGAUCCAAAUACAGCGCGACCAUGGUUUCCUACAAGACAUUCGUGAACAAACCGUUACUAGAGAACAUAGCAGUGGGGGAUGUUAUGAAAGCAGACCUGUUUGCAGGAAUUCGGAAGAAUGUAUCCGACAAGUUCAACGUGUUAUCUGAGAAACUGUCUGUACAAAGGCGGCUUCUGCAAGCUGUUGCUUCGAAUGGUAUCGUCUGGUCAGGCGAAAAAGGCACGCAA